AUGGGUGUUAGCACGAUGAGUAGCUUCAAUGUAGACUAUGGUAGCUCCGCCGGUGGUUGCUUUGGAUGGACUCCUUUUGGGAGUCAGUUCAACGCCGCAGUACCAGUGGCUCUACCCAAGCAGCAUCAGAAGGAUGCACUCAUGGUGAAGAAUGAAUUGGAUGCUGACAUUGCCAAGUCUAUGCAUGAGUUAAGUUUUCAGGAGAGGCAGAACGUUCAAGAAGAGAUCCACGGAGUAUCUUCCACAGAACCCGAAAUGCCGGAACGAAUAGCAGUAUGUUUGAAUGAGCUUGACGCCCACUUGGGUUCUAUGAAAGCAGGUACAAGCUGGGAACUAGCUGAAGGAAUGAACCCAGCAUAUGUCAAGAACAAAGAUUUACGGAUGAUGUUCCUCAGAGCCCAGAAAUAUGACAGCAAGGAAGCAGCUGCCCAAAUUAUCAGAUUCUUUGAUGUCAAGGCGGAUCUCUUUGGUAAUGAUAUGCUUGCUAAGGACAUUACCAUUGACGACUUGAGUGAUGAUGAUAAGGCAUGCCUACAAAACGGCAGUAUGCAAAUUCCAUCGAAUGACAGAGCUGGCAGACCGAUCCUACUAUACUUGCCUGGUCUAAGAGCUUUCAAUUCGCUUAAAAGCGAACUGCGAGCUCGAUUCUAUUCGUUCAUGAGUGUUGUCAAAAGUGAAAACGCACAAAGGUUGGGUGUGAUCUUUAUAACGUAUGCUGUCGGAACUCUACGCGAUUCUAUGAACGGUGCUGGGUUCAAAGAGACGGCAACUUUAGCCAUGGCCGUGCCGCUUCACUGGGCUGGAAUACACUUUUGUUCAGACGACUUGACACAGUACAUUUUGACCAAAACCACAGUGGCAAUCACACCGGCGAAAAUUCGUGCCAGAUUCAAGAAUCAUCUUGGAAGUCAUUUGGAGUGUCAGUACUUGUUGUCCAGCUUUGGUAUCCCGCAGUCAACCUUACCCUUUGACUCUUUUGGCAAUCAAGUCAAGCUUGACAAGCACCUUUUAUGGUAUCAGCGGUGCCAUUGGGAAGAAACCGUCAUGAUUCGAACUCAAUUAUCAUCGGAAGACUCUCUGUUGGAACCUCUUGCGAACGACGUUUUGUUUGGAAGAAAGCGAAAUAAUCACGAGGGGAACAAGGUACUUCGCCUACUGGUGGAAAGUAGGUCUAAGGAUUAUGACACGGCCAAUAAAUCUAGAAAACGAGAAAUGGCAGCUCAGGUGGCGACUGAUCUUCAAGAAGCCGGGGGUCGGUUCUUGAAGGAAAUAGAGGAGACGGGCACAUGGGAGACAGUGCCGAUCGAUGAGGCCCUGGAAAAGAUUGCCCAGGCCUUUCGCAAUUGCCGACGACCCAAGAUGAAGCAGAUGAAGGCAGACAGUACUAAGAUUGCGAAUGACACAGGGCCACUCGAGAUCAUUGACGAUCCUGCACCAGAAGAUGUAUUGUUUGGGAAGCAGCGAAAUCAUGGUGGUAACGUGAAGAUGCGAGUGUUGGUGAAGAACCUUGCGGAUGAAUACGAUAUGGCCACAAAGCUUGAGAAGAAAGAGUUGGCUUCUUCUAUUAUUCGCAGCAUCAAAGAGCAAGGGGGGCGGUUCUUGAAGCAAAGAGAAGACGAUCGAUGGGAAGAAACCACAGAGUCAUAUGCGAGGAUUAAAAUCUCCAAGCAAUUUUGCAAUAAUCGACGGUAUCAGCGAAAAGAGGGUGUCUUGUAA